CCAUUUCUCCUGGUUUGUCUAUGGCUUUGAUGUGUGGGGCAAAAGUCAGGAUGAAGUUUGUGUUUGUGACCACCUUUGUUCUGCUGGCACUUUUCUACCUGGACCAGGUAGACUCAUCUGCCUAUGACAAGAUUGUUUCACACAGCCGCAUCAGGGCCAAGAAUCAGGGGCCCAAUGUGUGUGCCCUUCAGCAGGUAAUCGGGACCAAGAAGAAGUAUUUCAGCACAUGCAGGAACUGGUACCAAAAAACCAUCUGUGGAAAGAAAGCGAUUGUUUUAUAUGAAUGCUGUCCUGGUUAUAUGAAGCUGGAGGGGAUGCGUGGCUGCCCUGCAGCUGUCCCUAUUGACAACAUCUAUAUCACAUUGGGUCUGCUGAAAUUGGAUAUCACACAGCAGUAUUCUGACCUGUCCAAGAUCAGAGAAGAGAUUGAUGGAGCUGGCUCCUAUACCAUGUUUGCUCCUAGCAAUGAUGCCUGGGAACAAUUAGAUGUUACUGCUAGAAAUGCCCUUGUGAACAAUGCAAAAACAGAAUUGUACAACACUUUGCGCUACCACAUAGUCAACAAACGCUUCCUUACCAAAGACCUGAAGAAUGACAUGACCCUGCAGUCAAUGUACAACAAACAGGGACUGCACAUAAACCACUAUUCUAAUGGAAUUGUAACAGUUAACUGUGCCAGGAUCAUUCAUGCCAACCAGGUGUCCACAAAUGGAGCAGUACACAUAAUUGACCGUGUCAUCAGUGCAGUAGGAAACAGCAUCAGGGAUGUCAUUCAAAGCAAUGAGGAACUUAGCUUAUUGCAUAAAACCGCUAAUGUGGAAUCGAGCUUAUUAGAAAGACUCGGCAAACCAGGACACUAUACUCUCUUUGCUCCAACCAACAAGGCCUUGGAGCAGUUGGACAAUGCCGUCCUUGAAAGGAUCUUAAAAGACAAGACUUUGCUUCAAGCUUUUCUAAAGUAUCACCUUCUGAGCUCAGUCCAGUGCUCAGAAACCAUUAUGGCUGGAACUGCAUAUGAGACCCUGGAGGGCAGUGUUAUUGAGAUUGGCUGCAAUGGAGACAGCCUCACCAUCAAUGGUAUGAAAAUGGUACUGAAGAAGGACAUCAUCACCAGCAAUGGAGUUAUUCACCUCAUUGACCAAGUGCUCAUGCCUGACUCAGCUAAGCAGGUGAUUGAACUGGUAGGUGAUUCUCAGAGAAUGUUUGGUGACAUGGUGUCAGAGAUGGGCCUGUCUGCAGCCAUGACGCCUGAGACUGAGUACACACUCCUCGCCCCUCUCAAUGGAGUCUUCACCAAUGAAAUAAUGGCUUUGGACCAGCAUCUGCUGAAGAUCAUUCUUGAAAACCACAUUCUGAAGCUCAAGGUCACCCUGAACGACUUUUAUAAUGGUCAACUACUGGAGACCCUGGGAGGGAAGCUGGUUAGAGUCUUUGUUUAUCGCACGGCUGUCUGUAUUGAGAAUGCCUGCAUGAUCCGAGGCAGUAAAGAAGGAAGCAACGGUGCUCUUCAUUUAAUGCGGUCAUUAAUCCGAUUGCCAGAAAAGACCAUGUUUGAGUUGCUGAAGGCCGAUGGCCGCUUCACAAUAUUACUGAAGUUGAUGGAGGAAGCAGAACUGACUGAGAUGCUAAAGCAAGAGGGAUCAUACACAAUUUUUGCUCCAACUGAUGAAGCUUUCAAGGAGAUGUCAGAGGAUGACAUGAAACUUCUCACCAGUGACUUGAACAUUUUGAGGACAAUCCUGCUCUACCAUUUCAGCAGUGGCAUCGUCAUUAAUGGAGGACUAGAAGGUGGAGUGACCAAUCUGCUCAAGACCAUCCAGGGCAACAACCUGCAAGUGCAUUCUGUUAAUAACUCCAUUAAUGUGAACUCAGUGAAUGUGAAAGAUAAUGACCUCAUGGCCUCCAAUGGAGUAGUUCACGUAGUGAAGAGCUUGCUCUAUCCUGCGGAUCUACCAGUAGGCCAUGAGGAUCUGCUUUAUCUGCUGAGGAAGCUCAUUAAGUACACACAGAUAAAGUUUGUUAAUGGAUACACCUACAGGGAGAUUCCACUCACCUUCAUUAAGAGGUUUAUCACCACUCACGUUAUUGAAACAGGUCCUGAAAUCAAGGUUAUCGAAACUAAGCCCAUUAUUAAGAAAGUUACCCAAGUAACUGAAACUGGCCCAAAAGUGGACAAAGUGGUUGUGGGGGGAGAUCAUGUGAUCACUGAGUUCAAGCUCACCAAACUGAUUGAGACCAAGCCUGUGGUGAAGGAAGUGGUAAUUGAGGGAGAACCAAAAUUCACCACAGUUAGGAGAGUCAUUGAAGGGGAUCCAUCAGUUACAACGGUUACAAGGCUCAUUGGAACUGGUGGGGAACUUGAUGCUGAAGUUGAGAUUAAGAAGAUUCUUAGUGAAGACCUGUCCAAGGUAAAGAAAGUUUUGGAAAGUGAGCUACAUAAUCAGGAGGAGAAGAUCACUAAACUGAUUGAGGGAGGUGGUGGAGAAAUCACCACUGUUACCAAAGUGAUUAGGCCAGAUCCUCAUAUUAUUGAAGGACCGGACUUCUCAAGGAUCACAUCUUUCAAGCACAGCCCAGAACUCAUUGAGGAGGAAUCAGAAAGAAUCACCAAAAUUAUCAAACAUGGCGGCUCUCAGAAAAGAGCGGCUGUCCAAAGACCACCAGCAGGAAUGAAGAGACGAGUAAGACCUGCAAGACAUCCCUUCAAGCCUAGACAGUGAGCUCAAAAAGACACCAGGCAAUCUACUUAUUCCAACCUCUUGGAUUAAGGCCACAGAUUUGGUAUCUGAGUUUGAGUUUUAGGCUGAUACAUUUAUUUUUCAUUCAUUUAGUAAAAGUGACUUACAAGUGAGGCAAGAAUAAAAGGCAAGCAUAGAGCUAUGCAGUUGAGUCUCAGCUCAAGUGUUGGCUGAAAUGAACUGGCUGGAAAGCACAUGCACACAUGCACACACACACACACACACACACACACACACAGAGAGAGUCUGUGUGUGACACAGACUCAGACAGAACUUUAACCCUUUCAUGCAUGAAUUCUGAAAUCCAGAUCAAGGAUUUUUUUUUUCUCUUCUUUAGGCAUAAAAAUUAUUAUUUUACCUUCAUUUUACUUUUACAUUCAUUUUUCAAAAAGUUAUUGAAGUGUCAACUCCAGUGGACUGCAUGCAUUCAAACAAAAAAUUUGUGGCUGUUAUGCAGUUAUUCUAUUGAAAUCCUUGCAGUAGCCAGAAAAUGGCUUUUGAAUAGCUGUUCACUGUAGUAGCGACUAUGCAGGAAAGGGUUAACAUUAAGAUGCUAUAGGACAUUAUAAUACUGAUGGACUCUCUAAUGGACUAAUCUGAGCUCUCUAAUAUUUAGCAAAAUUGUUUCUUUAGGCUGAUCCUUGAUCAGUUCUCUUAUACUGAGUGGUCUCAUUAAACAUAAAACAGCCAUAAACUUGUAUCAGGGUAACUGAUUAAAAUUAUAUUUUUAUAUAUUCGUCAGUCUGCAGGGAGUGGUCAUGUAAGACAUGAGGUCUCACUUGUGCAUUUUUGCCACUUUAUGGUGCAGGUUUUACAUUUAAGCUAAGUGCUGCCUGUUUUCAUAUGUCAUACAUUGUAUUCAGGUGUAUGCUGUCACACUCAUUGUUCUUUUAAGUGACGUUUGACUCAUUUCAGUCUUGUUUUCUUUUUUAUAUGUUGCCUAACCUAAAUAGUGUGUCAUUUGUUUUCACUGUUCAUUCUCAGUAGCAUCCUUCUCUUCCUACCUCCCAUCCCCCCAAUUCAAGAUACCUAUUACCCCUGUAUGAUAAAUUGCUCAAUAAAAUUGAAUAUAAAAUUGAAA